AUGCCUCCAGCCGGUGGUGGAAAUAUUAAGGUGGUGGUGAGAGUCAGACCGUUCAACAGUCGAGAGAUCGACCGGGGUUCGAAAUGUAUCAUCGAAAUGAAAGAGAACCAGACGGUUCUGACCCCGCCAGCCGAUGCUCAACAGAAAGGCCAGAAGGAUUCGGGUCAAAAGGUCUUCGCCUUCGAUAGGUCCUACUGGUCAUUCGAUCGCAAAGACAACCACUACGCUGGUCAAGACAACCUCUUCGAUGAUCUCGGUCAGCCCCUUCUGGACAAUGCCUUCGAGGGUUACAACAACUGUAUUUUCGCCUACGGCCAGACAGGUUCCGGAAAGUCCUACUCCAUGAUGGGAUACGGCAAGGAAGUUGGUAUCAUUCCGAACAUUUGCCAAGACAUGUUUAGGAGAAUCUCGGCAUUGCAGGAAGAUAAGCACUUGCGGUGUACCGUCGAAGUAUCGUACCUCGAAAUCUACAACGAACGUGUGAGGGACUUGCUCAACCCAUCAACCAAGGGCAACCUCAAGGUCCGCGAGCAUCCCUCUACCGGUCCGUACGUCGAAGAUCUGGCCAAGCUGGUUGUCGGCAGCUUCCAGGAAAUCGAACACUUGAUGGAUGAAGGAAACAAGGCCAGAACAGUUGCGGCGACCAACAUGAACGAGACGUCCAGUCGAAGUCACGCUGUGUUCACCUUGAUGCUCACCCAGAAGAAGUUUGACCCCGACACCAAGAUGGAAAUGGAAAAAGUUGCCAAGAUCAGUCUGGUCGAUUUGGCCGGUUCAGAAAGAGCCACAUCAACAGGUGCGACUGGUGCUCGAUUAAAGGAAGGCGCAGAGAUCAACAGGUCGCUGUCCUCUCUGGGUCGUGUCAUCUCUGCUCUCGCAGAUAUUUCGACGGGAAAGAAGAAGAAAGGUGCCGGUGGGCAAGUUCCUUACAGAGACAGUGUCCUCACGUGGCUUCUCAAGGAUUCAUUAGGUGGAAACAGUAUGACGGCUAUGAUUGCAGCCAUCAGUCCAGCAGACAUCAAUUACGACGAAACUCUCAGUACUCUCCGAUACGCCGACUCCGCCAAGAGGAUCAAGAACCACGCGGUCGUCAACGAAGAUGCGAACGCGCGCAUGAUCAGAGAACUCAAGGAGGAACUUGCUCUUUUAAGAGGUCAACUAGGCGGUGGUGGUAGUGCGGGAGGUGCGGCUGGAGUAGCCGGCGCAGGUGGUACUAUCACAGCCGAAGAAGUUUACCCUGAAGGCACGCCGCUAGAAAAACAGUUCGUCUCUAUCACUUCAAGCGACGGAGCCGUCAAGAAGGUCUCCAAGGCCGAGAUUGCCGAGCAGCUCAACCAAAGCGAGAAGCUCCUGACGGAUCUUAACCAGACCUGGGAGCAAAAGUUGGCCAAGACCGAAGAGAUUCACAAAGAGCGCGAGGCUGCUCUUGAAGAACUUGGUAUCAGUAUCGAGAAGGGGUUUAUUGGACUUUCAACGCCGAAGAAGAUGCCUCAUCUGGUCAACCUUUCAGACGACCCAUUGCUUGCCGAAUGUCUGGUUUACAACCUCAAGCCGGGUAUGACGACGGUCGGAAACAUGGACACCAAUGCGGAAAACCAAGCUAAUAUUCGUCUUAACGGGACGCGCAUUCUUCACGAUCACUGUGCUUUCGAAAACCAGCCAGACGGCACCGUUAUGAUCAUCCCCAGAGAAGGAGCGUCUGUCAUGGUGAACGGUAAACGGAUUGAAGAACCUAAGCAGUUGCAUUCCGGUUACCGUGUCAUCCUUGGUGACUUCCAUAUCUUCCGUUUCAAUCACCCGAUGGAAGCACAGAAGGAGCGAGCCGAUAAGAGCCUUCUGCGCCAGUCGGUCACUGCCAGCCAGUUGCAAAGUCUUGAUAGCAAGGUGUCUACGCCUACAGCAAGCCCUCGGCCGGGUCACGAGCGCAACUGGAGCAAGGCCGGGUCGGAUUUUGGGGAUAGUCGACCGGACUCUCCAAUCCCAUUUCGCACUGGCCGCGACAAUGAUUGGAGCUUUGCGCGUCGUGAGGCAGCCGAAGCAAUCCUCGGUACGAACCAGAACCUGGCCAGCCUCACAGACGACGAGCUCAACGCUCUAUUCGAAGGCAUUCAACGAGCACGUGCCGAGCGUGUCAAUGGUCGCGAUGGGGACGAGGACACCGAAUCGGUUACGUCUUACCCGAUCCGAGAAAAGUAUAUGUCGACUGGCACCAUUGACAACUUUUCUUUGGACACCGCUCUGACAAUGCCAUCUACUCCGAAGCCUGGUGAAGUCGACGACAAGAUGAGAGAGGUGCGAGAAGAGAUGCAAUCUCAGCUCGACCGGCAAAAGGAAGAAUAUCAAGAACAGCUCAAGACUGCCGAGGCCGCCAAUGUUGAAGUCGAGGAGAUCAAGAAGGAGAAGGUUCGCAUGGAAGAGACUCUGAAAACGAUCAAGGAGGACAUGCAAAAGCAGCUCGCUGUCCAAAGGCAACAGUUUGAGGAGAAACUCGAGAAGAUGGACCCGCUUAAGAGGCCAAAGGCGAACCCCAAGUUGUCAGAAGAAGAGAUCGAGACAGCCCGGCAAGUCGUGAAGCACUGGCGGACAAGGCGCUAUGUGCGCAUGGCCGAAGCAGUGCUCUCACAUGCGUCAGCGCUGAAGGAGGCACAAAUCAUGAGCAAUGAGCUGGAUGAAGGUGUGGUGUUCCAGUUCACCGUCAUCGACGUCGGUCAUUCGCUGUGCUCCUCGUAUGACAUGGUCUUGAACGGACUGACUGGCGAAGGCGACGACAUCGCUCUUGACGAAGCUCAGAAGCCCUGCAUCGGUGUGCGCGUCAUUGACUACAAGAACAGCGUUGUGCAUCUUUGGAGUUUGGAGAAGCUUCAUGACCGAGUCCGUCAGAUGAGGCAAAUGCACCAGUACCUCGACCAACCUGAGUACGCCCAACAUCUCAGUCUUGACAAUCCAUUCGUUGAGACUUGUAUGCCGCAGUACACUCUUGUUGGGGAAGUCGAUGUACCCCUGAAGGCAGUGUUCCAAAGCAGAGUGCAGGAUUUUGCCCUCGACGUUCUUUCUCCACACACGUCUCACGCCAUCGGCAUGAUCAAGCUCUCUUUGGAGCCAUCUCACGCCAGAGCUCCUUCCAACACUCUCAAGUUCAAUGUCGUUAUGCACGAGAUGGUCGGUUUCGCCGAGAGAGAGGGCACUGAAGUCCAUGCGCAACUCUUCAUUCCGGGAGUCUCUGAGGAAGACGGUAUUACGACUACCCAAAUGAUCAAGGACUUCGACGAGGGACCGAUCCGAUUCGAGAGUGUGCACAGCAUGAGUGUUCCUCUCUUCAGCCCCCAGACGGUCACUCUGAGGGCGGCCAUUUUCGCCAAAGUUUCUGCCAUGCAUCUAGACAAGCUCUUGAGCUGGGACGAUAUGAGAGACGCCGUGCCACUGUCUCGCGGAAAAGGCAAAAACGCGCGGAUAGCGGAAUCUCAGUUCUUCACCGAGGAGAAGCACGACAUGCUUGCCAGGAUACAAAUCCUGGAACUCAACGAAGAAGGCGAGUAUACUCCUGUUGAGGUCGCACAAACAAGUGAGAUGGAUGGUGGCACUUUCCAGCUUCACCAGGGGCUGCAACGUCGGAUCGCCAUCAACGUCACGCAUAGCUCUGGAGAUGCCUUGCCGUGGGAUGACGCGAUGAAUUUGAGGGUCGGCAAAAUUCAGCUUCUCGACCAGGCCGGAAAGUCGCCCGACAUGGGUUCCACGUCGCCAACCAUCACUCUCAAACUCGCCAACAAGCCCGCCUUCCGCGAUAACGCAAACGGGACCAGGAGCAUUACUCUGACCGGUCAGUGGGACUCGAGCUUGCAUAACUCCCUGCUGCUGGAUCGAGUCACCGCCGACAAGUAUCGCGUGCAGAUGACAGUGGCGUGGGAAAUCAGUUCCAACAAAUUCUCAGAGCCAAUGAAGUUUGCUAUGCACGUUUGCUGCCAGAUCAUGUCCAGAUCCUACGUUAGACAGACGUCCAUGUUCUCGGCAUUGUGGCAAAGCGUCCGGUUUGUCCAUGCUACCAGCGCGAUCUUCACCCUUUCAAUGCGUCCGGCGCCUAUUAAGAGGGUUGGUGACCUGUGGAGGAUGAGCAGCCAGCACGACUACGUCAAGGGCGAAGAGCAGUUGACCACCUGGACCCCUCGCGGCAUUUCCCUUGUGAGCGACUUCAUUCUUUCUCGCAAGAAGAGGAGACGUAUCGCAGAAAUAGGGGCCGUGCAAAUUCUUCUAAAGAAAAUUGGCCCUCCUGAGCCAAAGUCAAAACCAGCCGAAGAAGAACCACAAGAAGACGACAUGCCGCCACAGCCAACUUUCGAUCACGAUGACGACGAUCUUCUAAACGACACACCUGAGAGUUCGCAAGUACCGGACGAUGAACUUGAACUUGUGAACGGUGACGGUCAAGAAACCCCGCUGCAGGAGCAGGAGGCCACGACAGCGCAGGCUCCUCAGGAGCCGGAACUUCCAGAACACGAGAAGCAUCUCAUCGAGAAAUGCAUCAAGCUCUGGAACAAGUAUCCUGAUCCUCUGUUGCAGAUUCUCAGCCCAAUUAACACAGAUCCACCCGCUGAUGGAGCGGCCCCAGAGUCUGCGCCACCAAGCUUGAUCCCGACCAUCAUCCGUGUUCCCAAGAACCCGAAAGUGCUCAAAGGAGGCUACCUGCUAGUCCCCAAUAGCAGCUCGACGAGAUGGGUCAAGAGAUUCGUGGAAUUACGGCGGCCGUACCUCCACAUCCACUCGGUCACAGACGGGGAUGAAGUGGCUAUUGUCAGUCUGCGUAAUUCUCGCGUUGACAGUCAACCCGGCGUCAUCGGUCUGUUGUCGGGCGAGGAUGAUGACACAGCAUCACAAACCAACGGCAGCGUCGAAGAGUUCCGCCCCAGCCAUCGCCGGACUGCCUCCGGACGAGUCAUUUCGACCAUCUGGACAGGAACUGGUAUGGGCGGCGCGGCAAAUGGGCCAAACGGCGGUCUCCAGCGACUCAGCGAAAGACUGCAGGCUGGUGUAUUCGCCAUUUACGGAACAGACAACACAUGGCUCUUCGCCGGACGCAGCGAACGUGAUAAGAUGGACUGGAUAUUCCGCAUCGACCAAAGUUAUUUCUCCAGUAGCGACAGCGCCACCGGCAGCGGAACCGGCAGUCCAGACAGAUACGACGACUCGCUCAUCGGCGGCUACUGA